AUGUCAUGUCCAAACAACGUUGCAGCAAGUUCGUUCUUAAUGGAUUCUUUGGUGGGAGGAACGUCUCCGUACAGAGGUGAGGGCUAUUCCUCUAAUUCAGGAAUGUAUAUGCAAUCUACGACUGAUUAUGGCUGUUCCAUGAUGAGGAAUUUUGGUAUAGUUGGUGAAUCUGUCUCCAAACGGAACGAGCUACCACCAAGCAGUCUACCUCUCAGCAGCUAUCAGCACUCGCAUUACCUGUCGCAGCGGGACGUCUGGGCACCGGGCUCUAAAACUUACAGGAGCGUACAACCUGUUGCCCAGGUUUUGCACCCAUGUUCAUUUCCAACUAGUAGCGUCAAAGAGGAGGCGAUCCCUUGUCUGUACCAAGCUGAUACUGACAGAGCAAAGGAUUCCACUGAGACCUCUAACUAUAUCCGACUAGGAGACGGCAUUAGCCGCUCGGAUCAAAGCGCCGCUUCAGCCCCAGAGUAUUUCCGAGGAAGCCAGGUGUAUGCGGGCGAAAGGGUGCCACAAGGAGAUGGGUUUGUCACCGAUUUCCCCUCCAUGCCCAGGAUAGCAUCGUCUGUAGAAACACACAUAUCAGAUUCAUAUGUUAAAAACAGCAAAGCAAAUCAAGAGGCGGUGGAGGAGGAAAAUAAUGCUGAAGACCUGGAUAAGAAACAACCAAGGACAGAGAAGCCUGUCCCAAAAACUGAUAGUUAUGACGCUAAAUUAGAAGAAACAACGGGAAAUUGGCUUAAAGCUAAAAGUGGACGCAAGAAGAGAUGUCCAUAUACCAAGCAUCAAACUCUGGAGCUGGAAAAGGAGUUCUUAUUCAACAUGUACUUGACUCGUGAGCGCCGCCUAGAGAUCAGCAAAAGUAUUAACCUGACUGAUAGGCAGGUCAAGAUAUGGUUCCAGAAUCGGAGGAUGAAGCUUAAGAAGCUCAAUAGGGAAAGUCGCGUUCGGGAGCUAACGGGCUAUAAUUUCAACUGA